AUGCCUAUCUUAUUGUGAACUAUGCGCAGACUGAAAUGCAGCUUCUUCUUAGAGCGAAUCUCCCCCGGAACAGGAAGGCUGCCCGUAAGCCCGCCCUCUUCAGCUCGGUAUUUUCCACGCUGCCUGCCGGCGCUGGCUUAGAGGGAGAGGAGAUAUCUGUCGAAGAGUUUUUCCUGCGGUGCUUUUCGGAGCCCCUUUUUUGUCUCUUUUCCUCCUUCUCCCUUCAAUAGGAAUGGAGGCCUGUUUUUGUUUUGUUUUCGUAAAGUCUCCUCAGAAGUAGAGUUCAGUAGUGAAGUGACUUCCUAUGCACUUCUCCAACCGUCAGUUGUCCUGAGAGGGGACAAAGAGAUUAAGUUUAGAAUAGCGCGACAAACACGACCUCUGCCCCCUCUAAAUGCUUUCGGGUUCAGACGCCUCUCAAGCUUGUCCUUUCAGCUAGAGAGAGAGAGUCCCGCCAAUUCCCUCAGAACAGGCGUCCGACCUCAGCUGCUCUCUCAAGCCCAUGGCUCGGCUCUGAUGCAGGAAACAGAGCAGGUGCCUUUCUGCAGGUUCUUUAUUCUGGAGGGAGGUGUGCACGGAGUACACUAUUGUGCGCACACACGCGGAGUGCACUAUCGUGUGAGCGCGCACACACACCCCCUUGGUUGGCUUCAGAGGAGAAGGAAUGAGGGGAAAAGCAAGAGGGACUUGACGCGGUCUUCUUGACCUGGUGGGAAAGGAGCCCUCGAGCUGCUUGCAGGGGUGGCUGCUGCUCUUUGGCGCCUCUCCUUGGAGCCGCGUCGUCAUGUCCCAGGCAAGCGAGCACGGGAAAUGGACAGUCUCCAGCAGCGAGGAGAGCGCAGAUGACGAGCAAGUGGAUCGCGAGGAGCCUUCGAGCUCUUCGCCGCAGCAAGCUGGGCGAGAGGCUACUGCUGGGCCGCGUUACUCUUGUUCAGAGGCCAGGAAAGCGGCUCACAAGAGAAAAGCGUCCCCUCUGAAAUGUCACGACGGAAACUCGCCGCAGAAGUUGGCCCCUGCUCAAAAGAAGAGGCCUCCCCAAGAAGGUUUAGGGUGGUGUCUUUCAAGUAGCGAUGAAGAGGACAGUCUCGAGGGCCAGACCGGGGAAGCAGAUGGAGCCGCCCGAGUCAAACGGGAGGACCGCUGCUGUGCUUCUAAGGAGGUGGCAAGUAAUGAACUCCCGCAGAGCCACAAGUCUGCAGAGCCGUCGGACAAAGUGCCGGACACUUGGGACUUGUUAAAUGGAGGAAAUUCUUUCAGGUUCUUUCUCACUAAAGUUAAAGGAAUUAAAUCAGAGUACAAUUCUGGAGCCCUUCACAUAAAGGAUAUUUUGUCUCCUCUUUUGGGGACUCUUGUAUCUUCUGCUCAGUUUAACUAUUGUAUAGAUGUGGAGUGGCUUGUCAAGCAGUAUCCCAAGGAGUUCAGGGACAAACCAUUAUUAAUAGUCCAUGGAGAGAAAAGAGAAUCCAAAGCUCAACUACAUGAAGCUGCGCAUCCGUAUCAAAAUGUCCGCUUGUGCCAGGCUAAAUUGGAUAUUGCAUUUGGAACUCACCACACGAAAAUGAUGUUGUUGUGUUAUGAGGAAGGCCUUCGAGUGGUGAUACAUACAUCCAAUCUUAUCAAUGAGGAUUGGUACCAGAAAACACAAGGCAUAUGGUUAAGUCCUCUGUAUCGAAGACUACCGCCAGGAGCUGAUGGGUCUGCUGGUGAAUCUCAUACCAACUUUAAGUCAGACCUAAUAAACUAUUUGAUGUCUUAUAAUUCUCCUACUCUCAAUGAAUGGGUUGAAGUAAUCAAGCAACAUGAUCUUUCAGAAACAAGAGUAUAUCUCCUUGGAUCAAGUCCUGGUCGAUACCAAGGCAAUGAAAAAGAGAAAUGGGGUCAUCUUAGACUGAGAAAGCUUUUGAAAGAGCAUACAACAAGAGUUCCUGAUCAGGAUCUUUGGCCUGUAAUAGGACAGUUCUCAAGUAUUGGAUCAAUGGGAGCUGAUCAGUCCAAAUGGCUGUGUUCAGAAUUUAGAGACAGUUUGGCUGCUCUAGGAAACAAUGCAAAGACUCUAACAAAUCAUGAGGUCCCCAUUCAUCUGGUUUACCCAACUGUGGAUAAUGUGAGACAGUCUCUGGAAGGUUAUCCAGCUGGGGGCUCUCUUCCAUACAGUAUUCAAACUGCACAGAAGCAGCUUUGGCUGCACACCUACUUCCAUAAAUGGUCAGCUGAAACUUCAGGUCGUAGCCAUGCCAUGCCUCACAUUAAGACUUACAUGAGAGUAUCUUCAGACUUCCAGAGGAUUGCAUGGUUUCUUGUUACAAGUGCCAAUCUUUCUAAGGCUGCUUGGGGAGCUUUUGAGAAAAAUGGCACCCAGCUGAUGAUCCGCUCAUAUGAGCUAGGAGUUCUCUUCCUGCCUUCAGAAUUUGGCUUGGAUACAGGCUAUUUCCAAUUGAAAGAAAACCUGCUUUCUGAUGAGCCAGUUUCUUCAUUUCCUGUACCGUAUGACUUACCCCCAGAGAAAUAUGGCAGCAAAGAUCGCCCAUGGAUUUGGAAUAUUCCCUACACCAGAGCUCCUGAUACACAUGGAAAUAUGUGGGUUCCUAAAUGAAACUCUCUCUAGCUUUUCUCAGAAACAGCCUCUUUAUUUCUGAACCUAUUAAUAUCUGUGCAACUUGAUUAUUUUAAUAAUAUGGACUUAAAGAAUAAACAUUUCUUAAUCAAAGGUAAUUAUUCUAGAUUGAAAGGCCUUUCAAGAAAAAUAACUGCCAUGUAGCUUACUGUUUCUAGAGUUUUUGAAAAUAAAGUGCUUUUUAAAUUGCAUUUUAUAAAUUGGUUACUAUAUGUUGAAAUGCCCAUGACUUAUGUCAAAUGGCUAUAAUGUGAAUAUGUUUAGCCCUGUUCCUCCCCACCAUCACAGUGACCCUAAAUGGAGAAAACUGUUUAGAAUUGAAAUAAAAUGAAUAAACAUC